GUUCCCCACCAUUGAGUCAUUCAUUGAUUGUUGACAACAAUGGCUGAUGAAGUCUGUGUGUGACUCGAGUGCUGACCACCGCUCGACCGCUUCACCACUGCUCGCAGGCAUCCAUGCAUUGACUGCAACGACAGCACCGCCACAGACACACCACAGCUCGCGCCCGAGAGCACCGUAACUUGUGGUCCACCGCCAGAGUGCACACUAUGUCGGCGCCACAACCCAGCGCUAGUGAGUCGAGUGCGGGGACAGAUAGUGAUCAAGACUUUGAUCCAUCGGCUGAUAUGUUGGUCAAUGACUUCGACGACGAGCACACUCUCGAUGAAGAAGAGGCCAUCACUGAUGACGCCAAUGGUGAAGAAGAGAUCGACGACUUGCAGAAGGAGGGUGAGAUGCCUUUGGAGGAGUUGUUGGCAUUGUAUGGCUAUACAGACAAAGUGGGCUCAAGUAGUGAUAAGUCGGUGGAGAGGGCAGAGGCCACGUCGACAACACCGACCACUGAAUCCAAUGCACAUUCGGCCCCAGAAUUGCAUUCAAAUAGUAACCCAAAUACUAGUCAACUGAUAGGUGUCUCGCACUUACGUUCCUCUCAGCCGUUCACUCACAUGAAUAACCAAAAUAUGGUCAGCGAUUCGUCUGACGACGAGUCCGACGAAGACUUCUCGGCCAACGAAGAAGACUGGAGGCGAACCAUUCAAGUGGGCUCUGACUAUCAGGCGUCCAUUCCUGAGGGUCUGUCCCACUAUGACGGCGCACCUGCUUAUGAGAAUGAGGACCGACUCCUAUGGAAUCCGUCGUUUCUCACCGACAAAGACAUUGAAGAAUAUUUGAUUAAAUUUUCUCAAUCCGAAGAGUCGACCGAAGAAGAUGUGGUUUCGACGACUCUAUUGCCGACCGGAUCUCACAUUCGAGAUGACGAACAGGCCCUCUAUCUGUUGCAUCAGUGCGGACACAAUGUCGAGGAAGCCAUUCGUCGCAAGAAAACCACACCAAACCUGCCCGCAGUCAACGAGUCCAUGAGCUCGUGGUCUGAGGAGGAAUGCAAGGCAUUCGAAGCCGGACUUAGAAGUUAUGGCAAAGACUUUCAUUUAGUUCAACAAAACAAAGUGAGGACGCGUUCUGUCGAAGAAUUAGUUCAGUUCUACUAUUUGUGGAAAAAGACUGAAAGACACGAUGUCUUCGCCACUAAAUUCAGACUCGAAAAGAAGAAAUAUUCAUUGCAUCCAGGCACCACUGAUUAUAUGGACCGCUUUCUGGACGAACAGGAGAAUAUGGCGCUCACAAACAUGUCCUCCUCGUCCUCAUCACUGAAUAACAUCCAGUCGUCGAACAAACAACAAUUGCAUCCAUCGUUUCGUUCGUCUCCAUCCAUACAAAACCUGACAUCGAGUCCACACAAAUCGGAUCACAUUCUGAUGGAUGACUUGUCUCCACAUUACGCUAAUAUAAACAGUCUGUGCGACACCGGAAGCACUAAUUCCAGUCAUAUAAGCGGUGCUACCAUUGGUUCAUAUGUUAACGGAUAUUAUAAAAAGAGUGACAGCAGUAGUGAUAGUGUCUUAUGUAGUGUUGGCAGCGGUGCCAACGCCGCCAAAGUAUGUCAUUCAGUGAAUUCCCACCACAACCCCCACCUGACCAGCGAUUGGGUCGCACAACAGCAGCAGUCGGUGACCACAUCUAACACGACGACCAGUGCUCAGACCACUGCUACAGAACUCAACCCUGAAUUCAUUAGACGCCAACCGAUUUCAUCGACGACUUUAAUCAAUGAUAAUAAGAUUAACUCCAACUCUAAUAACAGCAACGCUUCAAACAGUGGUUAAGACAUGGAUUUCCACACAAGAAUCGACACAUCAGUCAAUCUCAUCACUUGGCGCAUCAUUUUGUGUAUAAUUUAUCUCUUUUUUGCUAUAAUUAUUGAAAAUAAAAAAAUCUUUUUAUAUAAAAAGCAAAUUAAAAACAAUAUUUACAGAAUAUAUACCAUAUACUAAAC